AUGUUUACUUUUUGCUGGAUCCUACUACUGUUUAUCAAAGGAGCAGAGGUUAGAGAGUUUAAUCUGACAGAGUGUCUUUAUAAAGGACCUGAAAGGAUUUAUCAUGCAAUUACUGAUGAGGAGUUUAUCUUGGAAUGUGUUUUGCCAUCCCAACACCGUACCCACAUGUACAACAACUCAUUUCUCUAUACAAGUAAAGUGCUGUGGUUCUGGCAACAAAAAGAUGGAGAACCAGUGAAGAUUAUCAGCAAUGAAAGCACUAACCCCACUCAGGAAGGGAAUGCACUUUGGUUUAGACCGAUAGGGAUUAAUGCUUCUGGAGUAUAUAUCUGUAUGAUAAGGGAAGAAAUCCCAUGUCUCUCAAACAUCAUAAAGGUUCAAGCGAAGAACAAUGCAAAUUGUUCGGAUAAUGGCAGAAAUGAGCUGUCUCUUCUCAUUGAACAAGGACAUUCAAUUUCUUGUCCUGGGAUACACUGUUACAAUCAUUUACAAAGGUCACCAGUGACAUGGUACAAGAAUGGAAUUCGAGUAAUGUUUCAGGAGAUUAGAGAAGGUCUAAAACUUACGGAUGAUAAAAUCCUCUUGCAUCGUAUCUAUGAGCAAGAUGCUGGUAUUUAUGUAUGUGAUUACAUUGUAUUUGACAACAGCAUCCAGUGGACAAUGAGACGAGUAGUUAGAGUAAAAAUCAUUGCACGAAACACUGUCCACACCCCAAACAUCUUGUCUCCCAGUGGCGUGAAGACCCUUGAAGUAGAAGUUGGAAAACCUCUUACAAUUGAAUGCAAAGUAUUUUUUGGCUUUGAAAGGGAUUUUUUGCCCAUGAUAACUUGGUACAGAGACAACAAAGAAAGUAAAAGUGAGCCACUUUUGCAGAAGCCAACACGGAUUCGUGUAGAAGAACUUGAAGGCAAAUCAUUUGUUCAUGUUGCCACACUCAAGGAAGUUACUGAAAGGGACCUGAACAGCAACUUCAUCUGCUUUGCUCAGAAUUCUGUGGGGAACUCGACAGGAGUGCUCAAGCUAAAAAGGAAGGAAAGAGCACUUUUCAAAUUCAUAUUAUAUGGUGCGAUUGCAGUUCUAGUUGGACUCCUGGUGGGCAGUGCUUUUGUUUACCAGCAUUGGAUCGAAAUAGUGCUGAUGUAUAGAAAUUACUUGGCCAAGGACGAAACUAUAGGGGAUUCCAAAGAAUUUGAUGCAUUUGUGUCCUAUGCAAAACAACACUCCUUUGAAAGUGAUUCCACUUUUCUUAAUGAGGAACAGUUUGCCCUGGAGGUCCUUCCAGAGAUGUUGGAAAACAAAUACGGAUACAAACUGUGUCUCCUUGAAAGGGACAUUCUUCCAGGAGGAGCUUACACUGAUGAUAUCGUAACAGCUAUUCAACAAAGCAGGCGAGCUAUAAUUAUCUUGAGUCCUGGCUAUGUCAAUGGACCCAGCAUCUUUGAACUGCAGGCAGCAGUGAACUGUGCUUUAGAAGAUAACAUGAUAAAACUGAUUUUAAUUAAAUACAAGUCGUUCCAAGAGCCAGAGUCUUUACCUCCAAUAGUGAAGAAAGCUCUUAAAAUUUUACCAGUGGUUACCUGGAAAUCUUCUAACUCUAACUCACCAAACAAACAAUUCUGGAAAUAUAUGCGGUAUCACAUGCCAGUGAAAAAUACCAGGGGGCUAGGGAAAAAACAGUCUAAAGUUUUUUUCUCAUAG